AUUCCAUCAUUCCACAUCUCCUAGCUUUUUGGCUUAAGACAUGGCAAGAUCAGUUUUCUUCUUCUUGUUCUUUACUGUCUCUCUUCUGCUUCUUCUUGCGGCUGCUUCAGCAACGGCAUCUUCAGGGAACGUGACAAGUGGGUUUGGAUAUGGUGGAUGUGGCUCCGGAGACACCGUUGGAGAGUGCAUAACGGCGGUGGUUGAGGAUGAGGAGGGAGUUGAGGCGGUGGUGCGGAGGAUUCUGCAACAACAGAGGAGGAAACUAAGCUACAAAGCUCUGCAGAAGCAGCCAACUUGUAAUGGUAAGAUCGCAGGUAACUGUAUUGGAACAGCUAACCGGAGAAACGCACGAUGCACUUACUACAACAGAUGCAAACGUGCUACUUAGCUAACUUUUGUUUUAGUUCCUUUUCCCUUUUUAUUUGUUGUAUAUGUUGUUUUGUUUCUUCUGUUAAUUAUGUGUGUUUUGUUAUCUUCCUAUUUUUCCUUGUUUAAGAGUUUAAUAAAACAAUAAGAUGCAUUGGAUUUGGUCU